AUGUUUUUUGUUUUUAUAACAUACACUGGGGCUUGUAGUCUAUCGACCCUCCAUAUUUUUACGUCAUUUUAUUUCUAUUUUCCCACAACAGAGGCUGGGAACUCGGCGGAUUUUAUAAGACAGCUUCAAGAUAUCACUCCGAGAUAUCAGGUGCAAAAUGUCCUACGUCUUCAUCAACGACUCCCUGCAGGCCACCGUGCCACUGCUGCAGGCUUGUAUCGACGGUGAUCUCGCUCACACUAAACGGCUCCUGGAGUCUGGGUUCGACUCAAACACCCGGGACUGCCGCGGACGAACCGGGUUGCAUCUGGCUGCCGCUCGGGGAAAUGUGGAGAUCUGCUCUUUGCUGCAUAAGUUUGGUGCUGAUCUGUUGGCCACUGACUCACAGGGCAACACGGCACUGCACAUGUGUGGGCAUGUAGACACCAUCCAGUUCCUGGUGUCCAACGGCCUCAAGAUUGACAUCUGUAAUCACAAUGGAGCCACUCCGCUGGUGCUGGCCAAGAGACGUGGUGUGAAUAAGGAUGCGCUCCAUCUGCUGGAGGGUCUGGAGGAACAGGAAGUGAAGGGCUUCAACCGCAGCUCCCAUUCUAGUCUGGAAAAGAUGCACAUGGCUGAGAAUGAAAGUGCCAUGGAGAGCCACUCUCUUCUCAACCCACACCUGCAUCACAGCGAUGGCGUGUUGUCCAGUUUCCGUACCACAUGGCAGGAGUUUGUGGAAGAUCUUGGUUUCUGGCGAGUGCUCUUGCUGCUCCUCGUAAUUGCUCUGCUCUCACUCGGCAUUGCGUAUUAUGUCAGCGGGGUCUUACCUUUCGCAUCUAACCAGCUGGAACUUGUGCACUAAUAUGCUUAUUAAAAAUAAUGAUUUUUAAGAAAACACAGAAAAUUUUCUUGCAUUAGCUGAUGAUUGUUCCUGCAGUUACUGAUUGUGUGUAACCACGCUUUAAAUUGUAACCAUACAUUUUGUGACUGAAUUUUAAAAUAAUUUUGUGUAUAUUAAUGUAAAUAGAUCUUUCAUGUGCUAAAAAUGUUUUUCAUCUUGCUUGUAUGUUUGUAAGAAUCUUUUUAUUGUCUAUUCUCACAUUCAUGUUAUCAUUUCUGUACCAGCCCACAUCACUACCUUUUAUAUAUUAUUUAAAUUAUUGGAUUUACACAUUAAAGUUUUGUGAUUGCAAAAAGUGUUUUAUAUGGAGUUUAACCCUUGCACUUUGACGGUGUAUAUGAAAUGGUUCAGAGUCAUUUCUGCAGCUUGGUGGAUUUAAUGUUCUCAUGAAACAAUGUUAAUGAACUUUCAUACCAUGAUUCCCCAUUUGCAAAAAAAAAAAAAAAUAAUAAUGAUAAUAAUAACAAAGCACUUAACAGACAAUUUCCCAUGUCCUCAGUCAUGUUUUCUCAACUUCACUUUGAAAUAAAGGUUGUCAAAUUAGCAAUUAUGAGUAUUAGCAUUAACAUUUACUUUGAUGUAAAAUACAAUUUAUUGUAAUGCAUAUUUUUGUAAAAGUUAGAACCAUUAAAGUCCCAUAAAGUCUG